AAAAUCACAAUAAUAACAACUGCAUUAAGCAAAUUUUUUAGUUUAAAUACUCAGCUCAACGAUGAAAGUUCUAUGGAUAAUUUUAAGUUUAAUAAUUAUUUUCAAAACAAUCCAAAUUCAUAGUUUAGAAACCGGAUAUUGUUCGAAAUCCGAAGUAUAUACCGUUAGUGAAUACUAUUAUCGAACGGAAUAUCAACAAUAUACGCAGCAAGGUUUCUUUCCAUGGCAAAGAAGUUAUAAAUGGAGAGUUGUAACAGUUCCAGCAACUAGAACACUAUGGAAAAGUCGCUUAAGGAUGAACUGUUGCAUAGGAUAUAGAGAAAAUCUAUCACAGUGUGAACCAUAUUGCUCGAAUAAAUGCAUUAAUGGAUAUUGUUCAAGUCCAGACAUAUGCUCUUGCAAAGAAGGUUAUAAAAAAGUUGCAUACAACAAUACUUACUGUGAACCGAUUUGCAAGCAAGGCUGUGAGCAUGGAACUUGUGUAGCUCCUGGGAAAUGCAAUUGCCUAAAAGGUUAUCAAAAAAGUUUAGAAAACAACAGCUGUACACCGAUUUGUGAUAGUGGUUGUCAGUUCGGAAAGUGUAUUGCACCAAAUAAGUGUGAUUGCCAACUAGGUUAUAUUCUAAAUGUCCUUUCAAACACUUGUGAACCAUUUUGCUCGACAGCCUGUGUAAAUGGAUAUUGUUCAGCUCCUGAUACAUGUUCAUGCUCUCAAGGCUAUAAAAUGAAUGAAUUAAAUUUGUGUUCACCAGUUUGUGAUAAAAAUUGUGAUAAUGGCAGAUGUAUUGCACCAAACAAGUGCUCGUGUGAUACUGGAUACAAGAUGAAUUCUCAAGACCGCUGUGAACCCAUUUGCGAGGACGGGUGUGAACAUGGAGUUUGUACAGCUCCGGAAGAGUGUUCAUGUGAUGAGGGUUACAAAAUGAACGAAAACAACCGCUGUAGUCCAGUUUGUGAUAAUGGUUGCCACUUUGGGAAAUGUAUUGCUCCUAAUGAUUGUGAAUGUGACUUUGGAUAUGAUCUUAAAAAUGAUAUUUGUACACCAUAUUGUCAGAGUGGAUGUCCAAAUGGAGUUUGUGUGGCACCAAAUGAAUGCAAUUGCACAGAAGGUUAUAAAUCUGACGAAAACAACCGCUGUAUACCAGUUUGUGAAGAUGGAUGUUCCUUUGGCAAGUGUGUUGCUCCAAAUGUUUGCGAGUGUCAACCUGGUUACGCAAAGAAUUCCAAUGAUGAGUGUUCCCCGGUGUGUUCCAGUGGCUGUCAAAAUGGCUUUUGUUAUCACCCUGAAAUGUGUGUUUGCAACCAGGGCUAUCUUAUGGGAGCAAAUAAUCAAUGUGAGCCAGUUUGUAGUAAAGGUUGUCAAAAUGGUGUCUGCAUUGAGCCAGAAAUAUGUCGGUGUUCCGAAGGCUAUCAAAUGCCAGUUGAUUCUGUAGACAAAUGUGAACCGAUUUGUGAACCGAAAUGUCAGAAUUCAGAUUGUGUGGGCCCGGGAUUGUGUGUGUGUUGGAAGGAUUAUGUGCCAUUUAAUGCUACUUCAUGUCUUCCGUAUUGUGAGGAAAAGUGUCUGAAUGGGUAUUGUGCUUCGCCGAAUAAUUGUACCUGUAAUGAAGGCUACGAGGCUCAUAGUUAUGAGCCGAAUGUUUGUACACCUGUAUGUGAGAUAUGUAAUCAUGGUGAUUGCAUUUCUCCGGGAGAAUGUUUAUGCUGGCCGGGAUAUGAAUUCGAUAAAAUUACUUCGAAAUGCAUUAUUCCAUAUACGAGUACUAUUAGUACUACUUUGACAACAGAGUUAACAACUUUUACGUCUCAUGUAUCUACUUAUUCGACUAUAUUCCCGACAUCUGAAAUGGCAUCAACAGAAAUGACAGAUGAAAGUACUACAGAGAUUUCUACAACUUUUGAAGAUGUCUCCACACAAUCUAGUACUUCCAUUUUAAAUAUAACAGAAUAUUCAAUUGAAGAAGAUAUUUUCCAGCUAUGCAAAUGUUGGUCUCUUCAAAACUCUAGCAUCACAAACUGCUUAAAUUUAAUAGAAAAAGAAAAAUGUCAAUUUGAUAAAGUUCUCUACCAACUCAAUUGCAAUGAAACUGGUUUAUACAAGUGUAUAACAGUUUCUGGGAACACUUCUUCCUCUACAAUUACUCGAAAUAAGGAUUCAUGGUGGUAUUAUAUACCGAUUUUGGCAAUUAUUUUGAUAGCAAUUACUGGAAUAGGAUUGGCUGUAAGGAAAUAUCGCCAUCGGGGAAUAUCACAAGAAAAUGAUGAAAAAGAUAAUCCAGACUUUGUGGUGCAGUAUGUAUGCAAUGAAUUAAAAAAAUAAGAAUUAACACUUUGUUUUAAGAAAGAUAAAUAAAUUUUAAUUAUUCAAAAA